GGAAUAUUUAACGUGUUUUUACGUGUAUUAUAAAUGCUUUUCACAAGUUGUUCAUACUAAAAUAAUAAUGAUACAUGUAAAUAAUUUCAAAGUGAUAUUACGGAUGUGCGGAUUAAAGGACGCCAUUCCGAUUCACUUUAAGCCGGAUGGCGGGAGGUUCCAGAAAACCAAUACGGUUAAGCUUAUUAAAGAUACGGAUUAUAGUGUCAGCUUCAAUACUAAACCGGCGAUGAACAUCGCCAAACUGAUGGUCAACGGAGAGCUGCAUAGACUGGAGCUGGUGAAUGGAAAGUCGAAUGACGAAGUCUCGAACGUACGGACGUACAAGACACUGUUCACUACUAAGGGGUUCGAGCUGACAAAGUCAGGAAAGCGACGGGAAAUCCUUAUAGUCAUCGAGCUGGAAAAUGGCGUAUACAUGAAGGUGACACUCCAGUGUAAAGUGUACGCCCCUGGGGACAAGAGCCACGCCCAGUGGGGCGACAAACUCUCCAUGAUAGACAUGGACUGCAGUUUGGACCCGGCGCAUAAUUACGUCACUAUUUUAAAGGAGAAAUAUUUGUGACGUUGUUGAACUAAACGCGUAUUAUUGCAUAAACUGGGAAUUAUUUAAGACGUUGUUAAGUUUUUCGAGUUCACUUGUCUUAAACGUCUCUAAAACGCUCGAAAUCAACGAAAAUUUCGUUAAGUAUUUCGUAAAAUAAAGUUAACACCUUAACAAUCAGUGUUCCUUAUAGCAAUAGCCAAAAUUUCAACACUAAAUGUGGUAUGAUUACAUAGAUUUUUGUAGAUACAAAAUGCUCGUUUUUAUUUAUUUGUGGCCACAAUUAAUUCCCGCGAAUAUAUUUAUUCAUACGACACACGAACACCAUUUUAGUGUUCAUGUGUCGUAUGAAGAGAUAUGCAAAACAAUAAUAAAAACGAGCAUUUUGUAUCUACAAACAUCUAUUUUACAAGACCACAUCUGACAUUAAAAUGUCGGCAAUUGCCAUAAGGAACACUGAUUUUUAAUUGGUUAAGUUUAUUCUACGAUCAAUUGCACGAAAUUUUCGUUGAUUUUGAAUAGUAAUGUUACUUUAAUAAACAUUAGCUUAGCGCGGACAAUGCG